UAGGUGAACGCAGCAGACAGCUGUUUAUGAUUUAAUUGGCCUUGCUAUUUCAAAACGAGCUUUGUCUGCUAUUGCUUCGCUACUGCUUACUGACUUUGUUUACUAUGCGCUGAGCACAAGCCCGUAACGAGUUAACCAUUGCACUCAUCGAAUCGAAUCUAACCCAAUUACGACACCAGCCAAUAUAAAUAUUGCCAAUCGCAAUAGCAACAAGAAGAAGACGUACACGUUAAUCAUUCAUUAAUUAUGAGCAAGAUGGAAGAUGCAAGUGCGACAGCGACAGCAACAGCCGCGCCCAAAGCGCAGCAGCUGGAAACAUAUCGAGCAUACAUUGUCACAUGGAAUGUUGGCAGCCGAUUUCCGGAUAAUAUUUCGCUGCGUCAGCUGCUCGGACUGCAUGACGAUGCCAGCGGGAAGGCGGAUGAUGAGGAUCUGCCGGAUAUCUAUGCGAUUGGAUUGCAGGAGGUGAAUGCACAACCCCAGCAUCAGGUGAUCGGCCUGUUCAAGGAGGAUCCGUGGACGCACAAGGCAAAGCAACUGUUGCGGGGCUAUAAUUACGUGGCCGUGAAGACCGAACAGAUGCAGGGCCUGCUGCUGACGAUGUUUGUGCGGCGACAGCAUGUUGAGCAUCUGAAGGAUAUGGAGGCGGAAUUUACACGUACCGGCUUUGGUGGCAUUUGGGGCAAUAAGGGUGCGGUCAGCAUACGGUUCACGCUGUACGGCUGUGGCCUGUCCUUUGUCGUUGCCCACUUGGCGGCGCAUGAUCAUCAGUUGGACGAGCGCAUUGAGGACUAUAAACAGAUACUGGAGAAUCAUCAUUAUCAUGUGAAACGUUAUCGGGAGAUCUAUGAUCAUGACUAUGUCUUCUGGUUUGGUGAUCUCAAUUUUCGUCUCAAUGGCAGCGAUACGGCGACGGAGGUGCGCGACGCUCUACGGGAUGAGCAGCAGCACGACGCACUCAUCCAGCGGGAUCAGCUGUACGACGUGCGCGAGAAAUCGCAGAUGGCGUUUCAGGUGCUCCACGAACGUCUGCCCGCCUUUCCGCCCACAUUCAAAUUCAAGGAGGGCACCAGCGACUAUGAUUUGAAGCGUCGUCCGGCGUGGACGGAUCGCAUUAUGUACGCCGUACAGCCAUCAAAUCGCCAGCCCGGCAUGCAGCUAGCCAUCGAGCAGUGCUCGUAUAAAUCCCAUCCCGCCUACAACAUCAGCGAUCAUAAGCCGGUGACCAGUGACUUUACACUCAAAUUGUAUCCGAAUUAUCGGGCGCCCGGCGUCACAUUUACGCCGUUAUCCGUUUGGUUGAUUGGCGAUGAGAAUACGGUGGAGUAUCGCAAGCAAAUUGAAUUCGAUGAGGGACCAAACGAUUGGAUUGCCAUCUAUGGCAUUGAGUACGCCAGUCUGGCGCAUUAUGUGGCCUACGAGUAUGUGAAUCAGGCGGAGUCCCCAACCUCAUCGGAUUCCAAUCAGGAACGUGAUUACUUCGAUACGCCGGCACCGCAUCAUCGUAGCGAACGACAUCAUCAUCGCAAUCGGCAGCGAUUGCGUCGUCAGCAGGUCGCCAACGAGGAGCUGGUGCGUCUGGAUUUCGCCGACGAUGUCGAGCUGCGUCAUGGCGAACAAUAUGUUCUCAUCUAUUUCCGCAGCACCGGAUUGCGUGGCGUGACCAGCGUGUCGGGCAUCUCGGCUCCAUUUGUUGCAGAGAAGCGAAGUGGCUCACCACAUCGCACGGAAUACCAUGUUGACUAGCUAGCGGAGGCCUUGGACAUUUAUAUAAUUUAGUCAAAAAUCGACGGAACAUUUGUUGGCCUUGUUUCUUAUAUAGUUAGCUUUAUUUGUUGCAAUUUCCGAUCUAUGCAUGUAUAUGAUCUAUAUGUAGUCGCAUUUGUAGACCGUUUACAUUAAUACACUAUAUCAAUUUCGAUGAGACUUUAAUCCAUUCCUUUUGUAAGAUAUAAGUUCCUGAUAGUAUUCCUCCUUUUCUGGGAAAGUAACGCCUAUAAAACUUUGCUUCAGAUAUUGCUUAUAUCUUUGAAUACCCUUUCUUUUGCUUGGCAUUUUUAAGCAUGCAUUUUUUUAAAGCCAUAACUGGCAUUUUUCUUUAUACUUUCCAAUUUGAUGAACUAUUCACAGAGAAAAAUAAAUGUGUGUGUAGACUGUA